CUAUUAGCAUUCGGAAGCCUUGAUGUUGAGCUCGAGAAGGACAAUAGCGGCGGAGCGGAGAGAAAUGACUGCACAGUCUGGAGCACUGAAACACCACAAAUGCGGAUAGAGGAAAACACACACACACACACACACACACACACACACACACACCGGUAUUUGGGACAGAAGGGAAUGUCUGGUGUUUACUGAGCACGGGGUGUGUUUGCUUGAACGGAGGGAAUAAGAAACACGGACUGAUUUAAUGUAACGUUAAGGAGUUGCCAGCACUCUCACUCUCCACACCUGCUCCUGUGGAAAAAUGAGCUCCUCUCCUGUCGUGUCUCGGGUGUCUGUCGACAUCCUGGAGGAGCUGCAGCUCUUCACCGCUCAGAACCUGGAGAAGCUCGAGGUUAACAAGUACUAUGAAGUUAUCCGAGAGCUGGGCAAAGGCACCUACGGCAAGGUGGACCUGGUCAUUCAUAAGAUCAGAGGUACCAAGAUGGCACUAAAAUUCCUCAAGAAGAAAACCACUAAGCUAAAGAGUUUUUUGAGGGAGUACAGCAUCUCACUGUACCUCUCCCCAUGUCCCUUUAUAAUCAACAUGUUCGGUAUUGCAUUUGAAACUGAGGAUUACUACGUGUUUGCACAGGAGUAUGCCUUAGCAGGGGAUCUCUUUGACAUCAUUCCUCCACAGGUGGGACUUCCAGAGCCUGUGGCCAAGCGUUGCAUCCACCAGGUGGCCCUUGCCUUGGACUACCUGCACUGUAAGAAGCUGGUGCACCGUGACAUCAAGCCAGAGAAUGUGCUGCUCUUUGACAGGGAGUGCCGCAGGGUGAAGCUCUCUGAUUUCGGCAUGGCACGGUGCGCCGGCUCUGUGGUGAAGCGUGUCAGUGGCACCAUCCCAUACACAGCUCCCGAGCUGAGUGAUGCCUCCCAGCGCGAUGGCAUCUGUGUGGACUACAGCACAGAUGUGUGGGCACUGGGUGUCCUUCUUUUCUGCAUGCUUACUGGCAACUUCCCCUGGGAGAAGGCUGUGCCUUCGGAUACGUUCUAUGACGAGUUUGCACGCUGGCAGCGGAGGCCGACAGGCACGGUCCCCUCGCAGUGGCGCCGCUUCAGUGAUGAGGUGCUAAUCAUGUUCCGCAAACUACUGGCCCUGGAGAGGGAGCGCCGCUGUUCCGUCAAGGAGGUGUUCGCCCAUUUUGGCCAACGUUGGAUGCUGGAUGGAGAAGCAGGAAGAGGCGGGGGAGGAGGACACCACCAGGUGGCGCACAGCUCUUCAUCUUCAGAGGAGGAGCUGUUGGUGGACCGGAUGAAACAACAGACCCUAUCACCGGGCAAGAAUGGCCCAGUGGAAGCAGGAAUGGCUGCUCAUCACUUCACCUCAGUGUCCACCAACAGCUCUGUGUCAUCCACUACCAGCUAUGAGCGCAUGCCCAGAGACAACGCCACCAGCAGCCGCAUCCUUGUCACUACACCGAUCGAGAUCUGUGUGUAGAGCUCACCACUGUACAUAAAUGAAAACACGGCUUCGUUACCCGAUAACACAUUUUCUCACACCUUCAAACAAGAUUAAUCACAUGGGUAAACCAAUCUUUCAAGCUUAUUAUAACACAGCUGAGUGUGAGUGAAGCAAAAAAUUAGAUACACCCUCAAAUUUAUUGAGCUGGUUUUAUUAUUUUUGUGGGGGUUUUUUUCCUCCAACGAGGACACAAUGCACACUCUUCGAAAAGAUUUUCCUCAGUGGAAUUCCUUUAAGAAAGUGCACAAAAGCUGCAGAAUAAAAAUAAAACAAAUAAAAACCCAACCACAAUGUAAUUGAGCACUGAUACAGAAGAUCUAGAGUAAUGAUUAGGGCUAGACCAAAACAAUAUUCCUUAAAGCAAUAUAUGAUGCAAAAAAAGCAAAAUGGAUGUGAACUGGGAGAACUAUUUGGAUCUACAUUCUUGAUACGGUGUAUUGAUCCAUUUUUUUUGCCAGAACUGUCGACAUGAAAUGUUACUAGAACGUAUAUUUAAUGUCAGAGAAAACUUUCAAAACUCCUUAGGGAAAAAAAGGGAUGUUGGUUAAAGCGCGUGUGCUUCUGCGUGAGUGGGUUUGUGUAUUUUGUAAUGACUUGACAAUUAGUUAUUCCAAUUUUUUUUUUUCCUCAAUCGUUUGAAGUCUAUAGUCAGAAGUAUAUUUUUACAGUUGAUUUGUAGGUAAUUUAAUGGUUUACAUUUAAUUUAUUUUGGUACUCUGUUGGAACAGCUGGCAUUGUGCAGUCUCGCAGCGAUGUCUACGACUGUUUAUUUCUGACAGCUUUAAAACAGGAUAGAGAAGUGGCUGCUUAUUGUACUUGGCUCAAAGGAGUGACAAGUGGAACAGAUUUCAUGCCAGUGUGAGAGUGUAGAGCCUAAAGAGCCCCCCCCCCCCAAUAUUUUAGAAGAAUAAAACUAUUAUGACACAGUGGUUAAGCUUCUGUGCCAUGUACUGAAAGUUACGAAUUCAAAUCCUGAAGCUAGCCACUCUUGGCCCAUUAACCCUCAACUACUCGCAUUUUUGAUUGAAUUAUGCCUCAUUUUCCAAACAAGUAAAUGUAAUAUAAUGGCUAUUGUGGUUUUUGUGUACUCUUGCACAUCCGGUAUCACCUUUCAGUCCAAGUGAAUCCCUAAUGAGCUGUGUUAAUUACACUGGUUUCACAGAGGUACAUUAUAGUUACAGAUAAGGGGAAGUGUUUUGUUCGAUCGACUGUAGCCAGGUUCGAGAUCCAUUGCCGGAUCAGUGGCUUGCACUUUGCCGACCAGCCCUCGAUGUCAGACCGAUAUAUCUAUUUCAAGACUCACAGGUACAAAGGAAGUAUUUUUGCUGAUUCUCUAUUGUUUAUUUCUAUUGUUUUCUUUACAAAUUGUUAUAUAUAUUUUUUUGUAUAUUGAGUUGGAAUUUUACAAGAAACAAACGACAGUGGAGUGUACACAAUCGUAUCUACCGACCGCAUGAAACAAGCAUCAUAACUAGGGGGGAAAAAAUUGUGUUGUAAAUAUGUGAGAAUUGUUAUAAUGUGAGUUCAUUUUGUUGUAGCACAAUUUCUUGGGGACUGCUCCAGAUUCAGAGCAAUGUUACAAUUUAGACAAAUUAGGGCUAAAAAAAAAAAAUAAUAAUAAUGGUUAGUUUUCACUGUGUUGUAUUACUGUGCUGUCAUGUUAUUGGUGUUGUUGUUGUGUUUCUGUUUUCUCAAACCAAGGACUCCCUGAGAAAAAUGUUCAGUAAUGUUACAAUUGAGAGCUCCAUGUACAGAAGUGACACAAUUGAAACGAAAUUGAAUCAGAUUGAGUUUAUACCUCACUCAGAGUUGAAUUUGAUUAUUGGUGCACCCCUGAGGGUUGGCUGGAUUUAAUACUUUAGAUUUUCAGUGUGUUUGUGUGGAUCCCCCCCCUCCCCCCGCAUGAAUUUAUGACGUGCUGGAGUUGUAAAGAAAAAAAACAACAACAUGGUUUAACGUUGUAGUAUUACUUCGUAGACAUGUAGGAGCAGGAUAGAUGUACUGUAGCAAUCUGCACACACACACACAACUUUUUUUUCUCUCCCCAAUGUUUUCUGUGAAUACUGACAAAUAGUAUACACUGGUAUUAUGGUGACCCUCACGUGCUCAGGCACACUGAUGCCCAGCCACGUCCCUUUUGUCAUUUAUUUUUCCCCAUGGAAGAGAAAUUGAACACAAUCAGUGAGCGUUCAACUCUGUUACCUACAAACCCCUGAACGUCUGUCCACUUCUGUCUUUGCAAUACUACUGUCUUCCUGUAAGGUCAGAUUUAUUAAAAGUAAAUCGACAUGUGCAUCCUGUGUUUUAUAUUACUGUACUUUGUGAAUAAGUGCUUGCUGUACUUCUGAACUGCUUUACAACAGCUGUAUUCUGAAACCUACUUACAGCAGUAGCUCAGUGGUUAAGGUUCUGGCUGG